CCGCUCCCAGCUCCCUCGGUUCUUCCCAUCUGCGUCCGUUCUCGCGGCUCCCGCGUUGCAUCAUCUCCAGCUCGCGACCGCUGUGGGAAGGUUGGGCGCGGCGCGACACACUCAGGCCGGUGCUCCAGCCCUCUCUCCCGCGCCUCUCCUGGCCCUUUCCACACCUGCUUCUGCGCCCAGGUCGGGAGCUCUCCGCGGGCCGCCUCCCAAAACCCGCGGGACACAGCUGGCGGACGUCGCCAGCUCCGCCUGAUCCGUUCAUUGAGAGCCUCGUCUUAUCCCAGAGCAAAGUCCCCCGCCUCCAACAGCUCGGGGCCGCGGGCACCGCCAUGGAGAAGAGCAGCGAGACCAACGGCUACCUGGACGGCACCCAGGCGGGGCCUGCGGCAGGGCCUGGCGCGCCGGGGUCCGCGGGGGGACUCGCGCGGCGCUGCGCGGGCUUACUACGGCGGAACGCGCUCGUGCUGUUCACCGUGUCCGGAGUGGUGGCGGGCGCCGGCCUGGGCGCGGCGCUGCGCGGGCUCGGCCUCAGCCGCACGCAGGUAGCCUACCUGGCCUUCCCCGGCGAAAUGCUGCUCCGCAUGCUGCGCAUGAUCAUCCUGCCGCUGGUAGUCUGCAGCCUAGUGUCGGGCGCCGCCUCCCUCGACGCCAGCUCUCUCGGGCGCCUGGGCGGCAUCGCCAUCGCCUACUUCGGCCUCACCACGCUUGGCGCCUCGGCGCUCGCCGUCGCUUUGGCGUUCAUCAUCAAGCCUGGGUCUGGCGCGCAGACCCUUCAGUCCAGCGACCUGGGGCUGGAAGAGUCGGGGUCCCCUCCGGUCCCCAAAGAGACAGUGGACUCUUUCCUCGACCUGGCCAGAAACCUGUUUCCCUCAAAUCUUGUGGUUGCCACUUUCCGCACGUAUGCAACUGAUUAUAGAGAGAUGACCCACAACACGAGCUCUGGAAACGUAACCCAUGAAAAGAUCCCCAUUGGCACUGAGAUCGAAGGGAUGAACAUUUUAGGACUGGUCCUCUUUGCCCUGGUGUUAGGAGUGGCCCUAAAGAAACUCGGCUCCGAAGGAGAAGAGCUCAUCCGUUUCUUCAAUGCCUUCAAUGAGGCAACGAUGGUGCUGGUGUCAUGGAUCAUGUGGUAUGUGCCUGUGGGCAUCAUGUUCCUGGUUGGAAGCAAGAUUUUGGAAAUGAAAGACAUCAUUGUGCUGGUGACCAGCCUUGGAAAAUAUAUCUUCACAUCCAUAUUGGGCCAUUUUAUUCAUGGAGGAAUUGUUCUGCCACUUAUUUAUUUUGUGUUCACACGAAAAAACCCAUUCAGGUUCCUCCUGGGCCUCCUCACACCGUUUACAACAGCAUUUGCCACGUGCUCCAGCUCAGCAACACUUCCCUCCAUGAUGAAGUGCAUUGAGGAGAACAACGGUGUGGACAAGAGGAUCAGCAGGUUCAUCCUCCCCAUCGGGGCCACCGUGAACAUGGACGGAGCGGCCAUCUUCCAGUGUGUGGCCACCGUGUUCAUCGCCCAGCUCAACAACAUCGAGCUGAAAGCAGGACAGAUUUUCACGAUUCUAGUGACGGCCACAGCCUCCAGCGUUGGAGCAGCUGGCGUGCCCGCUGGAGGGGUCCUCACCAUCGCCAUUAUCCUGGAGGCCAUUGGGCUGCCCACUCAUGACCUUUCUCUGAUCCUGGCUGUGGACUGGAUUGUGGACCGCACCACCACCGUGGUGAAUGUGGAAGGGGACGCCCUGGGUGCGGGCAUUCUCCACCACCUGAAUCAGAAGGCGAUGAAGAAAGAGGAGCAGGAACUGAGCGAGGUGAAGGUGGAGGCCGUCCCCAACUGCAAAUCGGAGGAGGAGACGUCGCCCCUGGUAACACACCAGAACCCUGCCGGCCCUGCGGCCAGCGCCCCGGAACUGGAAUCCAAGGAGUCGGUUCUGUGACAGGGCUUGCUUUGGGCUUGCCUGCAGCGGCGGUGCCCGGCCUGUUAGUGCAGCUGCCGAAUGCCAGACACCGCGCUCGCUCUCUGACUUUUAGCCUCCAAGCAAUGCUUUGGCCCAAUCACCAGUUUGAGGAUUACCUCUCGGCACAGGCAUUGGGCUUCCCAGUGGGAACUGGUUACCGAAGACCAGGGCACUCUGAUAUUCGGCUUCAUCCGUGUCCAGGUGCAACCGUGUGUGCUCUGUUUGGAAACACGCCCUCCAGCUGCCAGGCUGGGUGCGUAGCAGGCUCACAGGUCCUGGCAGUCAGAGUGUGGAACAUGUACUCCUCAUUGCACCCAGUCAGGUCUGCACUGGGUGCUCUCUGGGCAAACCCAGGGGGCUUACAGUCAUCUGUCGCAUUGCCUCAUGAGCCGGAGUAAUUGGAAAAAUUCCUAAAUUCUUACCCUUGGCUGGAAUUCACUGAGCUGGGACUCGAGGUGUCUAGAUUUUGUACUGUUGCGAGGUGUGGCUGGCUUCUGAUUCACUGGUUGCUUGGGGGCUUGGAGGCACUGCAUGUUGUCAAGUUAGAAAUACUCUAGAUGGUGUUAGCACUGCGGGGGUCUCUGGUCAGGGGCACUAAGCAAACAGUUUAAAUUCUGAGGUCAGAGAAAGGAGGGGGCAUGCAGCCUGCAGGGGAAGGGAUGCACCCUAUCAGGACGGGCGCACACACACACACACACACACACACACACACACACACAGUCAUCCUUAUUCUCGUCCCAGCCCCUGGGGAAAUUUGCUGCUUCUGUGACCUGGCCUCUGACCACACUGUAGCUUUAUCCCCAUCCACUCCGAUCUGGCAAUAGGCAGAGAGGGGCCUCUUCCUCCAUGGUCAUCACAUUCAGAACCCUUGUUGGUUUAUCAGUCUAUUAUUAUAAUUCAACCAGACCCCUAAAAUGCUGCACUGCAGCAAAACAAAGACAAAAAGAAAACCACAAACCCACUCACUAAUUAGGGUGGGAUGCCCCCAUUCCAAGGUCCCCAGACCCCCCAGCUUUGGCUGAUUUCUGUGGGCUUAGUUUCUUUUCCUGCCAGUACAUCAAGAUUUAAAUUAUAAGCCAAAUGUCUGCUUCCUCCAGAUGCCUACUGACUGGGUUUGAAUGUAGGCGAGGAGGCUUCAUAAAGAAGACCGGUGUUGCCAGGGACAGGGAGGAUUGAAAGGCACAAGAAUGCUAUUUCACUGUGGCUGUGGUGUGUAUCCUUGGUGUGACCUACAGCAAGUCCUGGGCCUCACUUUACCCCAUUUGUAAAAUGGGGCUGAUGUCACCUGCCUCUUACCUACCUCAGAGGGAUUUGGUGAGGCAAAGUUAGUGAAUCCGUGAAAACAACCAUUUCAGUUCUUGGAUAUCAAGUGCUGACACCCCAAUGCUGUUAGUUUUUACCUAAGUGAUACCUUUCUCCACAGAGGCCUCAUCCUGCUGGUAAAAAUAUCUCUUACGACCAGGGCUUUGUGCUCCGUGUGCAUUAACCACUUCUAUCAUGCCCCUCGUUCUCUUUGUAGUUAUUUGAUAGCAUCAAGUGCAACCUCCUGAUGUCGUUCAAGUGUUCCUGAAUCAGCCACCCCCACCUCCCACCACAUUUCUGGGUCCCUGACUUCCGUGUGACUCCAAGACCCGGGCAGCAGCUCUGCCACUCACAACAGGCCACAACAGCUCCCAGACUGUCGGCAUCCUUCGUUUUCUUAUUUUCCCUGUUGCCGUGGCAUUGCUGUCACCCAGGCCCUGCAGAAGCGAAACACACACACACACACACGUUAGGAUGUGUGUCCCAUUGUACUGAGAAUGGGCGGGCAGGACAGAAACAGUCAGACUUCUCCGUUUUAAAACCGGGGUUGUGUUCCUGAGUGGAAGGAGUGGGGAAGAGCCCUGCUACACAGAGCCAGUCCAGCUGGUGGGGAGGCCCAAGUCCCUCCAAAUCUCUUUAAACCAGCUAAGUCUCUCCUGUCCUCUGUGAAGCCAGGAGUGACCAGGAACCAAGCUGAGAGGUGCCUGGAAACCUUUACACUCUGGCUGGUUGUUGAUCCCCUUCUGUUUUUAAAAGAGAGACAAUCACACUGAUCCCAAAUCGCAAGUGAACAUUCACGAUUUUUCUGCCUUCUAGAGAUCUUAUCUUUCCUUCUCCCACAUAUAUCCAUGGCUACAUAUGCACACAAAUGCACAUGUGUAUGUGUGUUAGACACAUUGUUUUAGCUCCAAUCUAAGCAAGUUUGAGUUUGGAUAGAGGUGAUCUAACCAUAAGUUUUAGGGCUUCUGCAAACUGAUUCUUCUGUUUCUAAAAGUGAAUUCUUUCACAAAAUAUAAGCAUCAAAGCCGUACAUCCAGUGACUGCACACGCUCUGUCCCGAAACUGGCAAUGCACUAGGUAGCAUGCUGUGGCCUGGAGAAGGGUGCUUCUCUAUGAAAUCCUGAUGAUCGCCCCGCUUCUCCUGGGAGGAAGAAGGUGCCAUGUUUCUCCCCGUGUUUCAGUCCACAAGAGGAAUCAGAGCAGGAGUGACCCAGCUGGGGAAAAUCCCACUUUCUCGUUGUCUGAAGCUGUCUCCCCUGCUAUUCUAACAUGUUGUCAUAAAUACUGUUCAGAUACUGUUAAUCUCUGACUGUUUUAUAUGUGUGACAUUUGCCUUAAAACAUAGCAGUCCUCAAAAUGAAUACAGUAUUUCUACUAGGA